UGCUGCAGGACGGGAGGAUAAUAAGAGUCUCUGCAGGACGGGAGAGGACUGAACCGCUGGACACGAAGCAUCACCAUGGAGCUCUAUCUGGACCUGCACUCGCAGCCCUGCCGAUCCGUCUUCCUGUUCGCCAAAGCGGUCGGGAUUCCCUUUGAGUUCAAGCUGGUGGAUCUCUCCAAAGGACAACAGUACAGCGAGGAGUUCGGAAAGAUCAGCCCCAUGAGGAGGGUUCCUGUGAUGAAGGACGGAAGCUUCGUCCUGACGGAGAGCACGGCCAUCCUGGAGUACCUGGUGCAGAAACACCCUUCGGUGGCGGAUCACUGGUUCCCGGCUGAGCUGCAGCAGAGAGCUCGCGUUAAUGAAUAUCUGUCGUGGCAGCACAUGAACCUCAGAGCUCACGGCUCAAAGGUCUUCCUGCUCAAGGCUCUGUUUCCCAUCAUCAUGGACGCUGAGGUCCCGAAGGAGAAGAUGGACGCCACCGUCGAGGAUCUGAACCAGUCGCUCAAAAUGCUGGAGGAGAAAUUCCUGCAGAGCAAACCGUUCAUCAUCGGAGACAAAGUCUCUCUGGCCGAUCUGGUGGCUAUCGUUGAGAUCAUGCAGCCCGUUGGAGUCGGCGUGGACGUGUUCGAAGGCCGGCCGAAGCUGAGCGCCUGGAGAGAGCGAGUGAAGAAGGCGAUCGGCGAGCAGCUGUUUGACGAAGGCCACGAGCUGAUCAUGACGGCGAGCAGCCUGAUGCAGAAGACGCAGAACAACAGCCAGCUGGAGAUGCUCAAACCAAAGUUCAGGAAGCUCUUCAGCUGAUUGCGAACAGAUGAUACCGCCGUCAAAGUAUCUUAACGCCAUUUUAGUUCCACUCAUGUAUGGUGGGAUUUAUUAUUCAUCAGCAGAAAUCCUCAGAAGGUCGUUUAAACAUCUUUAAUGCGAGUAUCGGUUUCAGCAUAAUUUGAUUUAUCAGCAAAAAGCAAAAACUUUGUUUUCAUGCUAUAAAAUUUAAAUGAACAAAAUGGAAAAACGAGGACAGAUGUGUGUUAUUGUGUAUCAGUGUGUGCUUUGUCGUGAAUAAAUGCACAUUUAUGAUCCCAACGCCACAAAUAUUAAAGUGAGAAGUGAUAAAAAACAAGAACCGUGUCCAUUUAUUUACAUUCUGUCAACUUUUAAACUGCUUUCUGAAACAUAGUUUUUAGAAACAUCUAAACACUAUACAUCUAAACACUA